AUAUAAUAAGCGGAUCACUCGUACAGGCGACCACCUCCGUAUGAAUUGGUUCCUCGCUGCUGGGCUUGCAAUAACUUCCUAAUCGCCAUCAAAGCCGGCCAGAGCCAAGAACCACCGCUAGCGCCUCAGCACCACGAGCACCUCAGCCAUGGCGGCGGCGCAGCGGCCGUGGGCAGCCGCGGUGGCCCUUGUGGUGGCGGCGUCGACGCUGCUGGCGGUGGCUUCGAGUGCACAGUCGUUGUCGCCGGUGGCGGCCCCGGGGCCGGCGGGCGGGCUCGACUCGGCGUGCAUGAACGCGCUGCUCAACAUGUCGGACUGCCUGACGUACGUGGAGAAGGGCAGCGCGGCGCGGCGGCCGGACAAGCCGUGCUGCCCCGAGCUGGCCGGGCUGGUGGGCUCCAACCCGGUCUGCCUCUGCGAGCUCCUCUCCGGCGCCGCCGACUCCUACGGCAUCGCCGUCGACUACGCCCGCGCGGUCGCGCUCCCCGGGAUCUGCCGCGUCUCCACCCCGCCCGUCUCCACGUGCACAGCCCUUGGGUAUAAGGUCCACCUGGGCCCAGCUGCAGCGCCCAUGUCAGGGGCUCCCUCGCCCAUGUCAGGCCUCUCUCCCGCCGGUGAGGGCCCACAGUUCCCUGGAAUAUCGCCGUUCGCCUCGCCGCCGAACUCGGCCAGCCACGCGGCGCGCCGCUUCUCCGCCGGCCACCUCUCCACCCUCGCCGUGCUGCCGCUCGCCGCCGCCGCCAUCAGCGGAAUGCUCUAGAGGCCUCUAGAACUCGAUUGCGGUUGGAACGGGAUUUACAAGUCUAAUCGGUCGACUGUUUCCUUCUCGUAAUCGUCACCCUGCGCAUUGCAUGCAUGCUUCUACUCUGUAGUCUGUACUACUGUUAAUCAGACUGUUAUACUAUAAUGUAAGCUGAUAUGGCAUUCGUUAUGUUGUUUCUUGCUGAGA